AUUGUGAAUCUCUUGCCAUCAAAAAUAAAAAACAAACUAAACUAUGGAUACGUUUAGUAAUCAUUAUUUGAAUUUUACGACCAUUUCGUCGGCUUUAAAUGACAAUACAAUGGAAUUGAAUAUAACUGAAUAUCCCUCUCAACAGAUCUCACCCAACCUUAGCUGUGAUCCGGAAUACAUUGAAUUCAGAAAUAACUCGCGAUUUUGGGUGCAACGAGUGUUGGUGCCAAUCAUCAUGAUCAUCGGCGUCAUAGGCAACAGCAUAACCAUCGUGAUAAUGACCCGGCGCAAAAUGCGCUCGUCCACCAACUCAUAUCUGGCCGCUUUGGCCACGUUUGACAUGUUGUAUCUCAUCUUCAUAUUCUACCUGUCGCUCAGCGCCUAUCCCAACAUCAAAGACGUUCAGUACUAUUACUAUUGGUAUUUCUGGCCGUUCGCUAUCAUGAUAGCCGACGCCUCGUCCAACACUAGUAUAUGGCUGACCGUCACCUUCACUAUUGAACGAUAUAUAGCGGUCUGCCAUCCGAUCAGAGGGAAGGUGUUGUGUACGGAAAGUCGUGCCAAACGUGUAAUUCUGUGCGUAUUUCUCAUAUGCUUUACAUUCACUCUUCCGACACCUUUCGAGUGGGUUGUGGUGGAGAAGAACUCGACUGAGACGGGAAGGGUCUACCUUCAGGCCAUCUUCAGCGAGUUGGGCCAAAACGAUCUCUACCGCACCGUCUAUUACUACCUCAAUGUAUUGCUCUUCGCGUUAAUACCAUUCCUAUCGCUCGCCAUUUUCAACGCCUUUCUCAUACGAUCCGUUCACGUGUCCCGCAAACAGCGCAACACAAUGAUCCAGGGCGAGGCGUCGGCCAAAAUGGAUCCGACGACGAAACAGGAGUCGCGGAUCACCAUAAUGUUGAUAGCGGUGGUCAUCCUAUUCCUCAUGUGUCAACUGCCGACCGCAUCGGUACUCAUAUACUCAGUCUUCUACAACGUGGAGGCGGAGGAGACAAACACCGGGUGUUUGAUGAGAGGUUUGGGCAAUAUAUUCAACUUCCUGUUGGCCAUCAACGCGACCGGCAAUUUCGUACUCUACUGUCUGCUCAGCCAAAAAUAUCGCCGCACUUUCCUCGCCAUCUUCUGUCCGUGUCUUAAGAGCAAAUUCUUGACCCAUCAAAGCGGUGGAUAUCAGCGCACAUUUUACACACAAGUAGCCAAUCAUAACCAUAACGGACACAAGUUCUCCGACAACGAGCUCAACAUCCGGUUCCACUUCAACGACAGCUCCCGCCGGAUGUCAUCCCCGCGUCAGAAGAUAUACCACUCGAACCAAUUCAUUAACGCGGGCCGACUCAGCACCGGUAGCCUAACGCCAUAUCUGGCCGACAAUCGGCGCUCCAUGAAGUGUUCCCUGUCGGCCAACUACCUCCAGGUGCCCACCAAUGGCAGCACAUCGCGGCUAAUGAUCGACAACAGUGUGACCAGUAGUGGCGACGACGUGUCCACCGAUAUUGACGACAAGCCCAGCGCCAGUCAUAAUGACGCGAAUAACACCGCCGAUGAUGGAGAGGAUCAGCCGCUGAAACAACCGCUGACAGACAGCCCACACACCGGCGAUACGUCUGCUGUGAUUAGUAGCGCCGGCGGUUGUGAUAAUGAUAAUAACAAUAGUAAUACCGACACUAACUGUGAGAUUAUAGCCAACAAUGAUUGUAUAUUAAGCGACGAGACUCUACUGUCUGACGAUUCAAUGCAUACGAUUGACAAUAAUUUGAAUAACAAUAAUAAUAGUGAUUUGAAUGACAUGAAUAGUGUGGGUAUGGAUGGCGUGGUUGGUAUGGAUAGGGAUGGCAGCGAUGCCACCGGUGUUGUUGUUGUUGUCGGUGUCAACCAUCACACGCCUAAUUGUAAGCCAUGUAAUAAAGUGAGCGAUUCGUGCGAACAGUUUGAUAAUGGAAAUGCAAAUCGCGGCCAAAAUUGUGUCACUGAAUGCAGUGCCGGCGCCGUUAAGCUCAACACAACUCACAAUAAUAGUGGUAAAAAUAAAUUGGCUUUAGAUUUGGACGCAUAACGCGAUUAUUAAUGUGUAAAUCAAAUCAACAAAUGUGUUAUCCCUUUCUCUACCCUCUCAAUCAAAGGGGCAGAUGUUGUUCGCGAGCCAUGAAUACAACGUUAAAAAUCGGUGGCUUUUUCACCAGAAUAUUGUGAUUUUUAAUAUAUUUAUUAAUUAAAAUGUGACAAACAUUUGAUUUGUUCAUACAAUUUGUGUGUUUGUGUCCGAAGAGCCGGAAUCGGAUUUAUAAACUGUUGUAUUAUUGAAAUACAUGUUUUGUUUGAUAUUGAUUUCCAGUAAGAUAUCAUCGAUAGUAUUGUAAAUAAAUAUAUUGUUAUAUUAAUAUCUAGUAUAAAAUGUAAUAUUAAAUAAAAUAUAAACAAUUAGUGUUAAUAAUGGAGCUUGGUCCAAAAUUAUAACCUUCCCCGAAUUA